AUGGAUUGGUGGGAAGAUGCAUCCUUUUACCACCUUUAUCCAAGGUCAUUCAAGGAUAGUGAUGGUGAUGGAUAUGGAGAUAUCAAUGGUAUCACUGAGAAAUUGGAAUAUCUGAAGGAAAUAGGUAUCACUGGUACUUGGCUGUCACCGAUCUUCAAGUCUCCAAUGCUUGACAUGGGUUAUGACAUUUCUGAUUUUUACGAUAUUGAUCCUCUCUUCGGAACAAUGAAAGAUUUUGAUGAAAUGAUUAAGAAAGCUAAGAAACUUGGAAUUAAGAUCAUUUUGGACUUUGUACCCAAUCAUUCCAGUGAUCAAUUAGAUUGGUUCCAGAAGUCUAUCGAUAAAGUAGAUGGUUAUGAUGAUUUUUAUGUUUGGGCUGAUGGCAAAGAUGAUCCACAGAAUCCUGGAAAAAAACUUCCACCAUCUAAUUGGGAUGGUGUUUUUGACGGAUCAAUGUGGGAAUGGAACGAAAAACGUCAGCAAUACUAUUUGCAUCAAUUUUUGAAAGAACAACCCGAUUUCAAUUUGAGAAAUCCAAAAGUCCACACAAUUAUGUUGGAUAUUUUAAAAUUCUGGCUCGAUCGUGGUGUAGACGGUUUCCGUAUCGAUGCUGUUCCUCAUAUGUACGAGAAGGUUAACGAUGAUGGAACAUAUCCUGAUGAGCCUAUUGAUGAAUAUGCAAGUCCAGGUGCUUCGAGUAAAUUGAAACACAUCUACACAAUGAAUCAAUAUGAAACUGUAGAGAUUUUGUAUGAGUGGAGAGAAUUUUUGGAUGAUUAUCAAAAGAAAAAUGGUGGUGAUACAAGAGUUUUGAUGGCUGAAGCAUUUUCUCCAAUAAAUGUGCUCGAUCAAUAUUUUGGAAAUGGAACUCAUGUUGGUGUUCAAUUGCCAUUUAAUUUUGGAAUUAAGGAUAUGCCAACUCCACCAAAUGCUAAAACCAUACAGAAUACAGUUGACCAAUGGAUGUCAGUUAUGUGGAAGAAACACAAAAUGGCUAACUGGGUGUCAAGUACUCACGAUGGAGCACGAGUAUCCUACCGAUUGGGACAUGAGAAAAAAGAUUUGAUUCAAAUUUUAAUCGCAGGGUUGCCAGGUGUUUCUGUUAAUUAUUAUGGAGAAGAACUGGGAAUGAGUAAUAUUUAUACAAAUUUGACCAAUCAGCCAAAUAGCAUUUUCCGUACUUUUGGGCGAUCACCAAUGCAAUGGAACGAUGAACUUUCUGCUGGAUUUUCCAACACAACCGAUACUUGGUUGCCAGUUGCUGAGGAUUACAAAACUCUAAAUGUCAAAGUGGAACGAGGUGUUCCAAGGAGUUCUCUAAACAUUUACAAAGGACUGCAGAAAUUGAGAAAGACUAGGGCUUUUAAAGCUUUUAAGGAGGCUGGUGCUUUUAUUUAUGGAGCUGUUUCAGAAAAUGUAUUUUUAAUUGUUCGAUCUACCGAAGGUGAAGAAUAUCGUAUUUUGUUAAAUAUGGGCGAUAAAGUCGAAAAUGUUAAACCAAUUGAUAUGUCAGGCGAUGUUAAAGAAUUUAUUUAUGAAUAUGUUUUGUGCACAGAUCGUUCACCUCAUCGUCUUGGAGAAAAAGUUGACGUGAGAAAUAUCAUAAUGAUGCCAUUCGAAGGAGUUGUGUUGAAGAAAGUUUUUCCUAAAUAA